GGAAGCCCCGUCCCCCGCUGCAGGCUGCUGCGCUGCCCACGUACCCAAAUCGCGCUUCCCGAGAAAAGCCGAGGGAGGCGGCCCCGACGCCACCGCGAAGGUUCCGGGCGGAGGCGUCUCCGCCGCACAAAGGCUCGGCCCCUUUUCUGGGCCGGGCCGGGCAGCUCUUUCUGCUCCCUCCCGAGCUUCUUGCCCAGCCGGGCGAGCCAUUUUGCCAUUUCGCUCGCCGGCAUGGAUUACCAGGCGGCCGCUGAGUGGGCUGCGGAGCGCAUGCAGACCUAUCGGAAGGACGCCAGCGGCUGGCGCAGUUGCAAGCGCACGAACGAAGUUUCAAUUUCUUGGAGACCAUCAACUGAAUUUCACGGAAACCUAUACAAAGCAGAAGGGAUCCUACCUGGAAAACCACAGGAUGUCUUUAAAUGUUUAAAGCCAGAGACUGGAGGCCUUAGAGAAAAAUGGGAUCCCAAUGUGAAGGAGGUGGUUGUCAUUGAAAAGAUUAACGAAGAUGCUUCCAUAGUUAGAACUAUCACACCGUCAGCUUUUAUGAACGUGAUCUCUCCAAGAGACUUCUUGGACGUGGUCCUGAUUAAACAGGAUGAGGACGGAACUAUAGCAUCUGUGGCAACCAGCGUGGAGCAUCCCCUUUGUCUGCCUCAACCAAAUUAUGUGAGAGGACUUAAUUACCCCUGUGGCUCUUUCUGCAUUCCUGCCCCAGGACGGACCUGGGCGGCAGCCUUCCACAGUCAGUUGUUGAAUCCUUCUUUCCAAGCAGUAUAACUGGUUUUUACAGCAGUCUAACCAAAGCAGUGAUAAAAUUUGUUGCUUAAGCAAUAUUUUUUUCCUCCAAGGGUGCAUGUGUACACACAAUUCUGUGAUUGGACUUUGCAAGUGCAGAAAUGAAGUAUUGCGUGGUGGAGGGUCCAUACCUGUGACAGCUUCAGGGCAUGAUCUAACCAAAGUUAAGCACUUGGAGAUUUCAUUGGUUUUUAGCUGGGGAAGAUUUUAAACACACGCCUUAACAUGAACGGGACUUCAGUUACAGUGCUUUGGUUCGAUUCUGCCCUCCAUUUUCACUAGAAAACAAACUAACAAACAUUCAGCUUUCUAGUCCAUGAGGUAGGCUUUAAUGAAAGUGUGGCCGAUUUCUAGUGAAAUCUCAGGGAGCGAGGGCUGAGCACAAUGCCAGGCUUCAGUGGUCUAUGUAGCUCUUUGUUUCUCCCUGGAUCAUAAAACUGGCUUGGAAAAAUGAUACUAAAUAUUUGCCAAAUAACAUCCGUGCACUGUCAUUCAUAUAUAUCAAGUGCAGGGAACCUUUCCAGAGCUUGGGAAAAUUACUUUUUUGAACUACAACGACAUCUGGAAGGCACUACGUUGGCUACCCCUUUGUAGUUCUUCUGCCGUAAUCAUGAGCUGGGUCUUUCCAGUAUAAAGGGGAUUCCUUUUUAAUUCAUCAUUUUUAUUGGGCUGCCGGGACUCGCCUCCCCCAAUUUAAGAACACCUCUGAAGUCCCUGAUCUUCUUGACAUGUUUUUGAGCUGCAGUGGCUGCCAAGGCCUCUGCAGCUAUUUCCAUGCCUGCAUAAAGACUUCCAUUCUAAUGAUGUGUUAAUCCACCGGCUCAAGGGUGCAGCUAAGGAGUCAGGCGUGGCUUGCGUGGCAAGUAAACAUGCUAACUGGACAAACCGCGAGGGUGUAAAGUUUUAUUUAUUUACAUGUAUCUGUAAAUGAACUAAAGCAGUAGCAGCCACGCUGGAUCACAUAUGUAGAAAGUGGGUCAUAGCCCGUGUAGACAAGAUUUGGGUGGUGAUGCACAAGAUUGUUUGUGCCCAGCAGCCUACAGCAGAGUCCCAUGUGUGCUGCAGUGCAAACAAGGAACUCUGGAACAUGUGCCUGCCCUCAUUUGCUUGACCAGCAAAGGCAACUCCAUUCCAUUAAACUGAAUGGAGAGGACCUUGUAGUGCCCCCAUACCCAUCAGCUUGUUGGAUCUACAAGGCCAUAGGUUCAGUGAGCAUCCUUAGCCAAGCCACUGUACCUCAGCAAAAAUUCUUCUUACUGUACAUUUGUUCUUGUUACCGUUUAGAGAUAUGAAGGCCUGGGGGGACAAACAGGAAAAAAUGUGUUUUUCCUUUUCCCCAAAAAAACCUCCCCCCCCCCCCAGAAAUCACCCAGCUUUUUCCAGUUUUUUCCCCAGGCCUUCACAUCUCUUUUUCUAUUUAGCAAACCUACAGAAUCCUGCAAUGUACCUGCAAAGGAAGGAGAGGGUAAAAAUCCCUGCUUGCGGAAAGCUAGCAUAUGUCAAGGAGGCAGAAGUUCUGGCUUAGUUUUCUCUCUGAUGUGCUACUCUUCUGUGUGCAGGGAAGUUUUGUGUGCAGAGAGAGACACAUUCAAGCAUGUGAUCUUCUACCUGUACCACUUCACAACUCUACUGUGUGUGAUUCUGCUGAUUGUGUAGCACAGGCAAGAAACUGUCCUAUCUUACAGGGCUGUUGUGAUGGACCAUUGCAUGGUUAGUGCUAUGUAAAUUAAUAAUAAUAAACAAUGGUGCUCUUAAA